CCACAAUUGAUAAAAAACGUAAUAUUCUUUUAAGCCGGAUGGACAAAAAUGGUGGAAAGUACGAUUACGGUCGUUACGACGUGAUGAAAAAUAAUACCGGGACUAUUCUAAUGUCUCGUUUAAGGUCACACAUCACUGCAAUCAUAAUUUGGAGGAAAUCUCAUAUAAUUUGCAUCUCAUUAGGAAGACUGUUAUGGGUUAAGUGUAAAGUUCGAUUCACUGGCCCAUUCUUUUAUGGGAUUAUUUAAAUAAUCUAUCUACUUACCCGUAGUGUCUUAGUUAUAUUCGUAAUGUUUUAUUUGAUUUAAAACACCACUACUUUUGCAAUCUCCGUUAUUUACAACAGACCUACUUAAUGGUUGUGAAUUGAAGGGAAAUCGUGUGAAGAUAUUCCUCGCUUAUACAUAUAUGUAUGCAGUAUUCCGUCAUAAAAUCACGCGCACGAAAAGUAACCUAUCAAAUGAGAACGAACCAAGCAUAAUAUUUGCGCAUGAGCAGAACACGUAUUCGAUAAAAUUCAACAAUAUCGCAGGCUCAGAGGAUGUUCAUGCUCGUUUGAAUUGUACAAAAGUAUUGAGUAGUUUUAAUAAUUGCUAGAUAUAAUAGAUAAAGUGCCUGAGAUUUUAUCAUAUUUAUUGAAUUAUUCACUGUAUAAAGGCAUAAGUCAAUAUGAAAUGAUCGUAGUUGUGCUGACCAGUUUGAUUCCAUAAUUCCAACACUGUGCCGCUACUAUCGCUGAAGUGUUUAUCGAAAGUUCCAGUUUUCGUAAUCAACCAUUGCUCGUUAUAAGUGUCCGCUUAUUCGGAAAAAACAAAGUGAAAAUUGGAGCUGCCUCGUGAACGAGAUAAAUAGUGUAUCUAAAAAUGGAUUUGUUCUUCACUAUUUUCAUCGUGUUAUUAAUAAUAUUACUUUUAAUUGCCUACAUGUUAAACCGUGUCCCACGAACGCACGAUUUGAUACAACUAUUGGACUUGGUGCGAGAAGAAAAACCGAUGGCCACCGCGUUUUCGUUGGGCAGUGUGCGUUACACGUCUAAGAAAAAUCGCUAUCUCAAUAUUUACUGGGACGGGGACAAAAUCACGCAGAAACUUCAAACACGGCCGGUGAAUUCAGAUGGUAGUUAUGUCUUCAGAACCAAUCAUGGUCGCAUCAUUGAGUAUUCCGAUGGAUUUACCAUCACCGGUAUGGAAAAGGUUUUCUUUAAAUGUCCGGCGGGUUAUAAAAACUUCAAUUGUCAGCUGGAGUCACCCUGCACUAUGGAAGAGCAUAAAAACGAGGCUUCGAAAGGCCUGACUUACACGAUGUUCAACGCACUCGAUGUCUAUCAACACAGUUUAAUGGAUGUUCCGGUGAACAGUGACAAGGACGUCUCAUCUCUAGAAAAGCAUCCUCGUAUACGCAUUCAAUGCUUGAAAGAUGGAAACUAUGAGCUCGUAACGUGUCCCAAUAAUAAAGUGCUGGACCCAGUUUCGUUGAAAUGCCAACCCUAUGAUAUUUGUGAGGAUCGCAUUAAUGGGUAUAAGCACAAUUAUUCUAAGGAUGGCAAAGAAUUGGAGCCGGGGCAUUACCUGAUCUGUGAGGAAAAUGUGGGGAAGGAUAUGGAAUGUGCAAAAAAUACCUCAUUCAGUAUGUCACAGCAGGGCUGUAUAACGCAAUCCAAAUGUUACGGUCGUGGCUCCGAUCAAAUCUGGGAGAAAUCUGAUACAUUCAUUCAGUGUAAGAAUGAUAGAGAAUUUAGGAAGUAUUGCGAACAUGGCAUAGAUAUGGAUGAUAAUGGAAUUAUGAACUGUCACAAAAUAAAUUGUUUCCCAAAUGAAAUAGAAGAGGAAUCGAAGUUACUCGAGUACUACACAAAAGGCAAAAAAUGCACUAAUGAUGAUCGCCCUAUCCGCGUGAUCUGUACGAAGAAAAAAGUGAAUAAAAUUUACCAGCACGAAUGGAUCGAAAAAUUCAAAAUCGUCGUGGAAGGUUGGCCAGAUCGCAUUAUGAAUAAAACAACCUACGAAUGUAUGACACCGGAUGAUUCAAUUUACAAGAAGGAUGCAACCGAACUGGUGAGGUACACAGAUAUCAUGAGUCAAAGCUAUCCAUACGAUUUAAAACGCGAAACCUUCAAGUGCAAGACCCGUUACGUGUGGGAUUAUAAGAUUGGCAAAAUUUUCGAGACGUUGACAAGGAAAGACGCCGGCGACAUCAUAUUGGACAGUGCAUCACCAUGUCAAUAUAAAAUAUAUGAGAAACCAGAUCGAAUACCAAUUUGGGGAUUUGGUGAACGGUUCCCAAUAAAAACGUCAGGAAAAGCUCCUGCAGUGUAUCGAGUAUCGUUCAUUCAGGAAAAAACUUUUGAUAUACCGUAUCGCAUGUGGCCUACGUAUAAUUGGAAAACUAAGGUGUAUUAUGCUACGACAGUGUGCUAUGAUUUUACAAAUCGUAAAUUUGUAUGCGACACGUUCACCGACAUAGUACCUCCGGUUGGAUUCGCCCUGGCUGAUUCGGCUACAAAAAAAGACCAGCAACUGUACUUAAGAGGCUAUCCGGACUUCCCAAAAAAGAACGAGCAUAACGAUUACAUGUGGUACUUUAUUGCAUCGGGUGAAACCGAACCGGUAAGAUUUCGACCAUCUGCCAAGAGGGAAACAACACGAUAUGCUUGUCCUCAAUCGAUUGACACCACCUCAAUGAAGAAUGGCACAACGGCAUUCGUUUUUAUUAUGUGGGACAAUAUCCUCGGGUCCAAUUUCGUUGAGCUAACGCCCGGAUUUAUUAUAAAACGCCGUGAAAUAAUAGUAUCGGGUAAAUCUGCUUCAAUAAGCUUCCAACCAGUGAUGAUUGAAAAACUCAAAACUAAAACCACUCUGAAAUAUAUGAAUUUGUCGAUCACGUUGCCUAGGGAUGGCGUCUUAAAGUUUCCGUAGGUCCACCAAUCGAUGACCUCGAUCUCGGACAUUUAUACACGAGAGAUACGCAGCGAUUGACGAGUUAAUCUACUUUUUUUCGUCUGAAAAUGUUACUAUUAUUAAGUCGAAAAAAAACUAAAGAUGAGAGAGAUUCUUCUCGAAAAUUAACCGUUUAGCUCUUUUUCCAACAGAUUUCUUUUACAUAAGGAAAACAAACACGAGUAUAGGAGCGAGUAAAAAACAUUUUGUAUGUACCAGCCUUAGUGUUCUAUUGUGUAUGUGUGUGUGUGUGCGCGCACGCGUGUUUUCAAGUCUAUUCUCCAUUCCUUUUAUUCGAGCUCCGAGCUAGACGAAAUCAUUUUUUCGUCCAUUUGCUCGCUAUUUUUUUUGUUGACUUACGUGAACUAAUUGACACCCAUAAAAUCGUACUCUUCCUAGAAUUAUGCGACUUGGAUUUUCUCCGAUCCUCUUCGAUUAUUCGCAUCACCGAAGCCAUAAAACAUUUUUGCUGUAAUGAUUGAUUCACCAUCAAGCCUGGUGUUUUUCAUUACUUAUGACUUUUGCUAUUUCCCCCUUCCCAACGGUUCGUAGCAUAUUCGUAACAAUAAUAUGAGUUACUAUUUCCUAUUUGUAUGAAAAAACAUAAGUUUUCUAAGACGAUAUUUUCACUGUAUUAUUUAUUAAUGAUUCAAUAAAGAAUUAUUGCCAAGA